AUGGAUUGCAAGGAAAACGGUGUUAGUGACGACCGUUCUGGGUGUGCCGUCGAUGAGGAAGUUGCUUUCUCUGAUAAGGCUUGCGAAGAUAGAGAUUUAGAGACUCCACAGGGUGUGUCAGUUAUAAACCCUAUGAUGGAGGAGGCUGAGAAGGAGUGCUUUGUAGAGGUUGAGCGAAUAGGAGAGGGAAACAGUGUUAGUAAAGAAGUUGAGGAAGACUCUGAUGCUGUUUGUUGCGUUGAUAGUGAUAGUCAGAAGCUAGGAGUGGUUUCGGAUGAAGCUGUUGAGAAAAAUCAAGGAUCUGUUUCUGAUGCUGGCACAGUAUUGCCUAUAGGGGUCGGUGAAAUAGAUGCUGUAUCUGCGUUUUUAAAUGAUGUACCUGAACAGGUUGAGUCUUUGGAAACUGCGAAAGAUAUAGAGAAUGAUGAAGCUGGGAGUGAUGGUUUUAAUGGCACCUUUGAUGGUGGAGGUAAGGAAGGAAAUAGCGAACCAUCGAGUGAUCAUGAUGCUGGGGGUUUUGGCUGCAGUGAGACGGAGAAUCAUAUGAAGUCUUCAAGUGAUGUUGAUGGAAAUAUGCCUCAAGUGGUAUCCCCUUCAUUAGGUAUCACAGAAAUGUUAAGUAAUAAUGAUGGUGGCCUGCGUUCAUAUGAUCUUGAUGACAUCGUAGACACAGAGACGAUCAAUCCAGAUUUGAGGUUGGUACACGAUGAUGAGCUUCAUACUGAUCUUUCUGAAAAGAAUGAAACACCCAUGAAUGGUAUUGCUGCUGAUCCGAGAGCUCAAAAUUUCAGUCGGAUUUCACCCAUAGAGGAAAAUGCCUCUGGUGUAGAAGCCAACGCCCCUAUUACCAACCCUUCUUUGAUGUGGAGUUUUCCAUUGAAAUUUGGUAAUGGAGGCACUGGAGCUCGUAAUCCUGAAAACGCAGUGGAGUCGGUCAGGAUAGUAGAUGGCAAUGGCAGAAUAGGUGGUGAAGUUGCUUCUGCAUCUGGGACUAGUGAGUCUUCAUCGCGAAGGAGGUCCCGAGUUGGUAAACAGGGUAACAUUUCGCAGACCAAACGGAGUGCUCCUCAUCCGAGAAAAUCCUCUAGAAAGAAACAAUCAGAAAGAAAUUUGGAAUCAAUUUUUAAUUGCUCGAAGCAGAAGAGGAGCUCUGUUCCAAAACCAGACCGUUCAUCUCAGUGGGGAUUACCAUGUAGGACCGCUGAAAUCUUCUUACAGAGCAAUAAUAUUCCUUAUGGUAGACCUCAACAUCACGAAGCACAGCAACCUCAGAACCUUCCUAACCAUGGAGAACUCAAUAGUUCCAAUAACGGAUACGUAGAAGGAUCUAACAGAAACAUCCAAGCAUCAAGUGGCUCUUGCCUUCGUUUGAAAGUUAAAUUUGGUAAGUCAGGUAGCCAAAAUCCCUUGAACAUUACAGUCUCUAAGGUCAGUGGAAACUCUUUGCCUGCUGGUGGUAUUAUUAAGGCCGGAACAGGUUUAGAGUUUCCAGGGCCAGCACAUGUUGUCGAGGAUAAAUUCCAAACUGUGGAAACAAAAGAGCAGCUAAACGAGAAAAACAAUCCCGUGGAGAAACUUUCAUGCCGGCUGUCAUCUGAUUCUGUUACGGAUGAGAAAAAGAACCAAGACGCUGGGGGGUUAUGUAGGAAAUUAGGUGAUGUUUUAGAUGAGGGUACACACCUUUCCUCUAGUAUAAUAAUGGUUGAAGAGUGCGAGAGGGCCACUGUAACCCGUUCCCUUGAUGCUGAAACUUCACCAGAUUCAGAAGUGAUCAACUCUGUGCCUGAUUCUACUGUCAGCAAUGGACCUAAAGAGGAUUUGCCUCAUGUUUUUUUCAGCAAUGCAGAAGACGUGGUCAAUACAAACAGAGGAUUAGAAAAACAAGAUGAAUUGCUUGCUUCAGUGCCUCCUUUGGAAAAUGGUUCACAUCUAAUUCCCAACGCCAAAGAGGGUAAACAUACUAAGUCAAAAGGUAAUGGAACAAGAAAAGGGAAAUCCAAGUCCAAGUCUGCCAAAGGCGGGAGAAAAAAUGAAUCUCAUGAGGGGUUAGAGAAACACAACUUUAUAAAUAGGAGUGCUGGAAGUGAUGAUAGUAAUGAUCAUGAAGUAGGAAGAGUGGAGUCUCACGAAACAACAGGUGCUCGUUUAGACGCUGAUAUUGAAAAACUCAGUGCCACUAAUGGCGCAAUAUCACAAGAUGUGAUUCAUGGGGAAACGGUCACGGACCUUACUAUUGAGGAUAGCUCUUCCUCUGAGAGUGCAUGGGUUCGAUGCGAUGAUUGUUUUAAAUGGCGACGAAUACCUGCUUCUGUGGCAGAGUCAAUUGACGAGAGCUCGAGAUGGAUCUGUAUGAACAACUCAGAUAAAGAUUUUUCUCAUUGCUCAAUCUCUCAAGAAAUGUCAAACGAAGACAUUAAUGAAGAGUUGGGCAUAGGACAGGAUGAAGCAGAUGCAUAUGACUAUGAGGCGGCUAAAAAGGGGAAAGACAAGGAACAGAAGAGCAAACGUUUGCCAGGUAACAAAAAGGCGUGCUUCAGGGCCAUAAAAACAAACCAGUUUCUUCAUCGCAACCGUAAAAAUCAAACAAUUGACGAGAUAAUGGUUUGUCACUGCAAACCACCACCUGAUGGUAGACUGGGUUGUGGAGAAGAAUGUCUCAACAGAAUGCUUAACAUUGAAUGUCUCCAUGGUACCUGCCCUGCUGGCGAUCUGUGCUCAAAUCAGCAGUUCCAAAAACGGAAGUAUGUUAAGUUUGAGAGGUUCCAAUCUGGUAAGAAGGGUUAUGGCCUGAGAUUGCUUGAGGAUGUACGUGAGGGGCAAUUCCUUAUUGAAUACGUUGGAGAGGUGCUUGAUAUGCAAUCCUAUGAGGCUCGUCAGAAGGAUUAUGCUUCCAUGGGUCAGAAGCAUUUCUAUUUCAUGACUCUGAAUGGGAAUGAGGUAAUAGAUGCUGGUGCAAAGGGAAAUUUAGGGCGUUUCAUUAACCAUAGUUGUGAACCAAACUGCCGUACAGAAAAGUGGAUGGUGAAUGGUGAAAUUUGCGUUGGAAUAUUCUCCACGCAAGACCUUAAGAAGGGUCAGGAGUUGACAUUUGACUACAAUUAUGUGAGGGUUUUUGGUGCUGCUGCCAAAAAGUGUUACUGUGGGUCAUCACAUUGCCGAGGCUAUAUUGGGGGAGAUCCUUUGAACGGUGAUGUAGUUGUUCAAAGUGAUUCAGAUGAAGAAGAGUAUCCUGAACUUGUGAUCCUUGAUGAUGAUGAAACUGGGGAAGGAAUCUCAGAUGCAAUGCCUAGGAUCUUCAUCGAUAGUGCUGACAUGCAAAUGCCACCACAGAAUUCUGAAAAGGUUAAUGAUUCCAAAGACCUUGCUUCCCAAUCGCCUAGCUCAGUAUCUGUAAAACUUCCAGAGAGCGAGAUUCUUCCAUCUUUUCAACCAACCGAAGUAUCGAAGGAACUUUCAGUGGACAUGUCUGUCAUCGAUGUCCAGCAGGAGGUUCUUCUUGAAAAAAAGACUAAAAGCAUAUCUCCCACGCCCAGUUCUCUCAGCAGACUGGCCUCAGAUGGUGCGAAUGCUGAUAAGACAGUAAAGCAUGGAUCUGGUGAAGAUAAGAAGAUAAUUUCUCGAUCCCGUCCUCGUAUGAAAACUUCUCGUUCAUCUGGUUCUAGUAAGCAAGGCAAAGGUACUCUUCCUGGUGUUAACAAAGCACAAACUACACCAGUCAAAAAGUUGCAACAGCAGCCCAUCAAAUCUAAAGGAUCAGAGGAAGUCUCUCCCAGCGGGCGUAUUGAAACAUUUGAAGGGAAACUGAACGAGUUACUAGAUGCUGGGGGAGGGAUUAGCAAGCGGAGGGAUUCAGCAAAAGGCUACUUGAAACUUCUGCUUCUCACUACUGCUUCCCGGGGCAGUGCCAAUGAAGGAAUUCAAAGCAAUCGUGAUCUUUCAAUGAUUCUUGAUGCCCUUUUGAAGACAAAAUCACGAAUGGUUUUAGUGGACAUAAUCAACAAGAAUGGUCUGCAAUUGUUACACAAUAUCAUGAAACAAUACCGGAGGGAUUUUAAAAAGACCCCAAUACUCCGAAAACUUUUGAAGGUAUUAGAAUAUCUUGCUACAAGGGAUAUUCUUGCACUGGAGCAUAUAGUCAGACCACCUCCUCGUGCAGAUGUGGAAAGCUUCAAGGAGUCAAUUCUAACACUCACCGAGCAUGAUGACAAACAGGUUCAUCAAAUUGCGCGAAACUUCCGAGACAGAUGGAUCCCUAGGCAUCUUAGAAAACCUUGGCGCAUGGACAGAGAAGAGAGAUCGGAGUCUAGAAGGUCACCUAUAAACAACAGAUUCAGAGCUUCACAAGAACCUAGAUAUGAUCAUCAUUCGCCAAGACCUGCAGAGCCAUUUACCUCUGUCAUAUCAUCAAGGGCUGCAACGCCUGAAACACCUUCUGUAUCUGACGGCUGUAUACAACCUACUUCCUCCAGCCUUCCCGAGACAAAUGGACGCAAGCGUAAAAGCAGAUGGGACCAGCCGUCUACGUCAAAAGAGCAAAGAACUAAUGAUGUCCAAGACGACCUUCCACCCGGGUUUUCAUCACCUCGCACGGAUGCGCCUAACGCAGUUACCGCACAGCCACAAGCAAAGUUCCUUUCUCGAUUAACAGUCUCCUAUGGAAUCCCGCUUAGCAUCGUCCAUCAAUGUGGUUCACCCUGCAAAGACGACCCCAAUAGCUGGUCUGUUGCUCCUGGGGUGCCGUUCUCUCCUUUUCCACCUCUACCACCUGUUCCUCAUGGUGAAUUUUUCUCUAAGAGAAAUGGAACAGUCUCUUGCUCCAAUGAGCCCAAACAUUCCGGUUGGAACAUCUCAGGUGUCACAGGGACUGUCUCGGCUUCUCCAAACCGGAAGAGAGAGUUUUCAUCUGAUAUAGGAACAAGUUACUUUCGGCAACAGAAACAGAACGUUCCUCCAUGGAUACGGAACAACGGGUGGGUGAAAACAGCAAACAGCCCCAUACCUGGGGAAUCUAGCUUUAGAGAAGAGCAGCAAUCAAGAAAUUCUUAA